AUGCUCUUCUUAUAUAUCAUAUCUCGCUUUGAAUCGCUUGAUGGAGACACUGUCAGCAUCCCGUACUCCACAUUUAUGAAUGAGUACCUUCUCUCUGGAAGAGUCAAAGAAAUGAGGAUAUCCAGAACUGGAAGCGUGACGUUCAUGCUCAAAGAAAGUACAUUUCUUCAUUCUUGUUUCACACUAGCACAAACGAAAGUCGACCCUAAAAAAACAAAAAAGAGAGAGCCCCAGAACAAGAUCUACCGGUUCAAAGUUCAUGAUAUCAAUCUCUUCCUGCAGACCAUCGAAGAAGUUCAAGCUUCUGCAGGCAAAACGCGCCAAGAAUUCAUUCCGAUUGGCUACACGUUCAACAUUUUAACACCAGGAGAGUCGAGUCUUCUCUUCUCUCUCUUCACCAUUGGAAUCUUUUUGCUUUUGGUUCGAAGAUCCGGAGCCUCCACGCGCGAGAUUUUAAGUCUCGGAUCCAACAAAGUCGAAAUCGUCAAGAACACGGGAGUUACGUUCAAAGAUGUCGCGGGAAUCGAUGAGGCGAAGCAGGAAAUCAUGGAAUUCAUCGACUUCCUCAAGAACGGAGACAAAUACGCCGCUCUCGGCGCGAAACUCCCCAAAGGAGCGAUUUUGUCGGGUCCUCCAGGAACGGGUAAAACGUUGCUGGCGAAAGCGGCGGCAGGCGAAGCAAACGUUCCGUUUUUGAGUAUCAGCGGUUCGGAUUUCGUGGAAGUGUUUGCGGGAUUGGGAGCGAAGCGAGUGCGCGAAUUGUUCGCGGAGGCGCGGAAGAACGCGCCGUGCAUCGUGUUUAUCGACGAGAUCGACGCGGUGGGGAAGAAGCGAGGCGAAGGCUUCUCGGGGUCGAACGACGAGCGCGAGCAGACGUUGAAUCAGAUUCUGAUCGAAAUGGACGGCUUCAAGCCGCGCGACGGCAUCACGAUCUUCGCCGGAACCAACCGAAUGGACAUUCUGGACCCCGCGCUGCUUCGCGCCGGUCGCUUUGACCGCCACAUCGCAGUGGACAAACCCGACCUGGAGGGUCGCAAGCAGAUCUCCAAGAUUUAUCUGUCGAAAGUGGUGCUGGACGGGGACACCGACGAAAUGGCGCAGCAGCUCGCAGAAUUGACGCCGGGGUACACAGGCGCGGAUAUCAACAACAUCGUGAACGAGGCGGCGAUCAUCGCCAUCCGCAACAAACACGAGAAAGUGCAGCUCACCGAUCUGAUCUCUGCGGUCGAUCGCGUGCUCUGCGGCAUGGAGAAGAAGCACAACCUCAUGACCCCCGAGGAGAAGCGGAGAAUCGCGUAUCACGAAGCAGGACACGCGAUGAUUGGCUGGUUCAGCGAUCACGUGGACCCCAUGCUCAAAGUCACGAUCGUGCCUCAUUCGAACGGCGCGCUGGGCUUCACGCAGAGCCUCCCUAAGGAGAUACCGCUCUAUUCGCAAGAGGAACUCCGCGAGAUGAUCGUGCAGCUGAUGGGCGGCCGCGCCGCGGAGAAACUAUUCUGCGGAAGCAUGACGACCGGCGCGUCGGACGAUCUGAACAAGGCCACGAAGCUGGCGACGGAUAUGGUGACGGGCUAUGGCUUCGACGAGACGGUGGGACCGGUGAAUUAUCAGCAGAUGGGAGAGAGCUUCCAGAAGCCGUUCAGUGAGGCGACGGGGCGGGAGAUUGACUUCGCGACGCAGAGGAUUUUGACGCAGUCGAUGAAGCAAGCGCUGGAAAUGCUGGAGACAAACAGAGAGAAUAUGGAGAAAGUGGCGGAGAGAUUGUUGAAGAAGGAGACGAUAACGUCGGUGGACAUGGAGGAGAUUUGUGGACCGAGGAGGGGAAGAUCGCCGAAGCAAUACUCGGACAUUAUUCGUAGUUUGAAUCCAGAAAAGUGA